GCGCGAGAUGGUGGACUUGGCGCCCGCGACCAAAGCCUCCAGCACCUGCGGUUCCUCGCCUACGCCUCACGAGACGGAUUCCAGCUCCCACAAGCCGAGACCCAUCCAGGCAGCAUUCGCCUGGUCAGGUUACGCCGCGCGCACAGGCAGGCCGGGGCGUGCGCGCGACGCUGCCACCUCGAAGCGCACUUCUCCGAGCAGAGUGGCCAUCGGCAGAGCAAACAAUACAUCGUCACCCAGGCCCACCACAUACCCAUCGCCUUGAAUGCUGCCGCGUCGGAGCUCGUGCUGCACCAGCCCGUACUCUGGGAGGCUGACGGUGACGAGCUCGCGCCAGGCUCCGCGCCGCUGCUCUUGCCGCCCUUCAUCCCAACCACUGGCGCGGACACCGUGCAGCCAUUUUACGCGACGUGCGCGCCGUCGGCACCGCCCGACGGGGUUUGGGGAAGGAAGGCACCGAACAGCAGCGUGGUUCGAGGUCACCCUGGCACCGGCGGCGGGGACGAUGACUACCUCGUCACACGUGCCAAGCCGAAUGGGGCAGGCGUGCUCCGGG